CAGUCGUACUUGACUCUUCGACCACAGCGAUUAUCGAUAUAAAGCAGCAGCGACGGUCAGCAAGACAAGGUUCCGGUGGAUUUCGUGCAUUUUCUUCACACAGUGCAGAGGAACAUGCGAUCACUUAAGUGUUUUGUGCCAGUGUUGGUACUCUUGUACCUGGGAAGCUCGUCAGCAAAACCUGGCGUGCUCCUAGAUUUGGUAAAGAACCGCAAACACAGUCUGUUGGACCCAUUGGGUCUGUUACAUAAGGAGCCUCAGAGUUCGAGCAAUUCGCACUCGUUCGGGUCCAAUCUGCAAUUAGGAGGACUCUCGAUUUCGAGUAGCAUAGCCAGCUCCUCGGCAACGGCUCAAGGCAACGGUGUUGCAACUUCCAACGCGAAUUCUCAGGCCACCGGAGGAGCCUCUGCGAAGGCUGACGCCAAUGCAUUUGCCCAAGGUUACGCCGGUUCAACAGGGCCAGAUUAUAAUUCUAACAUCGCUGGCGGCGGCUAUGUCCCGGCGAGCUUCCAAGAAUACGCCGACGGUUUUCAGCCGAUCACGAACGCGAAUCACGGUAGUAAUUCUGGCGCGAACGGCGUCGCAAGCGCCGGUGCAAAUGCUAAUGCGUAUCUAAACGCGAACGAAGGUGCAAACUCGAACGCCAACGCGAAUUCGAAUGCCAAUGCCAUCGCCAUCUCUAACAGCGGUGCAUCACCGACCGAUUAUUAUUCCCCUCAAUACGUUCCGGCCGACACGAACGCGGAUGGUAAAACUGCGUUGAACAAUGGCGAUGGGUCAUUCGGUGGCUAUUACAACCCUGGAAAUCUUCAGACUAACGGUGGCGCGACUGCGAACGCAGACGCAAAGGCAAAUUCAAUCAGCGGGUCGAGAUCUCCCGGCGGCUACUAUUCUCCUCCUGGACGAAUUCAGAUCACUCUCCAUCCGAUUGCCGAUGCAAAUGCGAAAUCGAAUCAUAUCGGCGGUACGAGAUUACCGAGCAGUUACUACUCACCAGAAGUCACCCCGGGCGAUACAGGUGUGCACGGCAAUUCGAAAACGGACAUUGGCGCGGGAUUGCCAAUUGGCUACUAUUCACCAGGAGGUGUUCAAAGCAACGCGGUCGCCGGCAGUAGAGUCAUUCUCGUUCCUCAAAGGCAACCACCUAAACCGGUAAUCGGUUCUCCGUAUCCUUUCGAAGGGCACGAUCGGGAGAUACAAGUGAUCUCUGUGCCUGACAUGCCACCAUUCCCUCGUCAUCCUCCCAACAGCGGAGAGGUAAUACCAGUGAUAGUCGUGGACGAACCACCACGCGGUAGGCCGAGGUAUCCGCGACCUGGUCGCGGUCCAGAACCCGACACCAUCGUGAUCGUGGUCGAGGAGUCGCCGCAGCAUGGUCAAGGAGGUGGUUCUGGAAAGGGUGGCUACUAUCAACCAAACUAUCCGACUGGCCAGGCAGGAUCCAACGCAAACGCGAAUGCUAAUGCCAUUGCAACUGCAAACGCCAAUGCCAAUGCCAAUGGUGGCCUUAGUGGCGAUUAUUCUGGACCUUCAGCUCCUGCUCAGGGAUCAGGAUACUAUCCAGGAAGUGGCCCAUCCACCCCUAUCGGAGCAAACAACCCCUUCUUAAGUGGAUCUUCUCAUGGAAACGGCAACGCAGCGGCUAAUGCUAAUGCGAAUGCUAAUGCAGGAGCCAUUGCCAAUGGAAAUGCAUAUCCAGGAACAUCAGGGCCAGCUAACAAUGGAAACUUCUACCCAGGCAAUUCCCAAACUCUUGGAACGACCAAUCCAUUCCUGUCUGGUCACCAAACUCAAGGAUCACCAAAUGCAGGCUCCAUUGGCAAUGCAAACGCUGGUGCAAACGCCGUUGCAAAUGCUGGCGCUAGUGCUGGUGCAGUUGGAGGCUCUCAAGGACAAAUCGGUGCGAAUAAUCCCUUCCUCAACGGUGCAGCUCAAGACGGAGUUUCUCACGGACUUGGACACUACGUAACACAUAUAAACCCGACAAAUGGCAAUAGCGGAGCGACAACUGGAGUUAAAGAUGUUCCUGCAACGUAUCCUGGCCAGGGUGGCGGGCCAGGAAAUUACGGACCAGUUGCUGGAUCUGCAGCAAAUGCCGGGGCAGUUGGAACUGCCGGAGGAUACAAUCAACCAAUUAGUAAUUACGGUACUCCCAAAAAGGAUGCUCCAAUUUAUGGAACCCCCGGACCAGUUUACGGUCCUGGUGCUAGUGGAAUAAGCAAAGCUGAUGCUGGCGCUAACGCCGGGGCUGGAAGUGUUGGAGGUGCUGGUGGCACCGGAGGUAUUGGACCUGCUCUUACUGGAUACGGUAGUGGACAAGAUGGAGCUGGUGUUGGAAGCACUGGCGGUAACUACGGUGUGCCAACGAAGGGUGUUCCAAUUUAUGGAACCCCUGGACCAGCUUACAGUCCUGGAGUAAGCAAAGCUGGUGCUGGAGCUAAUGCCGGCGCUAACGCUAAUGCUGGUGUCGGGGCUGGAAAUACUGGAUUUGGAUCUGGAAAUGUUGGAGGUGUUGGUGGCACUGGACCUGCUCCUACUGGAUACGGCAGUGGACAAGGUGGAGCUGGUGUUGGUGUUGGAAGCAUUGGCGGUAACUACGGUGCUCCGACGAAGGGUGCUCCUAUUUAUGGAAGCCCUGGACCAGCUCUUACUGGAUACGGUGGUGGACAGGGUGGAGCUUCCGCUGGAGCUAAUGCCAAAGCUACCGCAUCAGCCAACGCAGGAAGCACUGGUGGUUAUGGUGCUCCAACCGACGGUGCACCGAUUUAUGGAACAUCGGGACCAGCUUUUGGUAACGGUGUUACUGGAAACUCUGGGGCAAACGUUGGAGCUACUGGAACUGGAAAUGGUUAUGGCGGUCCAAGCAAUGGUGCUCCUAUCUAUGGAACGUCUGGACCAACUGGGUCAGGUUCGACAAGCAAAGCUGAUGCUUCGGCAAACGCUGGAAGUAGUGGAUCAGCUGGAAUCGGUGGAUCCGGUGGCUUUGAAACUGGACCUGCUGGAUAUGGUGGAUCUGGAUCUAGUGGAUUUGGAGGAUCUGGAUCUGGUGGAUUUGGAUCUGGAGGAUCUGGAUCUGGUGGAUUUGGAGCUGGAGGAUCUGGAUCUGGUGGAUUUGGAGCUGGAGGAUCUGGAUCUGGUGGAUUUGGAUCUGGGGGAUCUGGAUCUGGUGGUUUUGGAGGAGCUUCCGCUGGUGCCAGUGCAAAAGCUGAAGCUUCCGCCACUGCUGGAUCAGGAGCCUCUGGAGGCUCCAGCGCUAUUUCAAACGCGAAAUCCAACUCGUAUUCCAACGGAGGCUUCGCUAGCAGCAGCUCGUCUGCUAAAUCGUCCGCUUCCGGAAGCGGAAGAGCCAGCGCCAAUGCACAAGCGUCUAGCCAAGCGUCGGGAUCCGGUGACAGUUCUGCUUCCAGCAACGCCGCCGCCGACAUAGACACGAGAAGCAUGCUCGUCUUCAACUAAUCGUCCGAACGUCCGGUUCCACUUACGCGAACCAUUUAACCAUGGAAAAGAGAAAAAGAGAAAAAAAAAUCGAACGUCGUGGAUUGUGCCAUCACUCUGAAGGUUUUGGGACACUCCUGAUUCGCGAGCACGUGAUUCGUACACGUGGCUAGAUAGCUUGCAAGAUCUGAAACAUACCAACGAGUCAAGAGUUAAUGAUACACCGAUCAACAACGAUGAUCGACUCGUCGAUCGCCGAUGCAAGACGAUUAGAAUCACGACGAGAAUCGUGAUAUCGUAAGAGAGAUUGAAUAUAAAUUGUAAUUGUGUGUUUCGCAGUUUUGCUCGUUGGUGUCUUACGCAACGUGUUUUAUUGCGCCUCGUUCUUCCUGACGAAACAAACAUACGUACCAUCGGAGUUUGUCGAGUCGAGCUGUUUUACUUUGUU